CGACUCGCCCGUGGAUCCUUUACGUCGAAGUGUACCCAUCCACAGGUGAAGUAUUUUUAGCAAUAUCUCAGUGUGUUCUGCUGUUAUAUGGUGACCUACUCCCCCUCCUGGGCCACACGCACCUAAAAACAUCAUGCCACGUGCCAAAUUAGUGGACACCAAACCCCGUGGGCGGAUGUCUGCCUACGCAUUUUUUGUACAGACAUGUCGUGAGGAACACAAAAAGAAACAUCCAGAUGAGAACGUGAUAUUUUCUGAAUUUUCUCGCAAGUGUGCUGAUCGUUGGAAGACAAUGACUGACAAGGAGAAGCAUCGCUUCUAUGACAUGGCAGAGAAGGACAAAACGCGCUAUGACACAGAGAUGCGAGGAUACAGGGGACCACGCCAAGCUCGUGCCACACGUAAAAGACGUAACCGUAAGGACCCUAACGCCCCAAAGAGAGCUCUGUCAGCAUUCUUUUGGUUUUGCAAUGAUGAAAGACCAAAAGUGCGAGCAGUCAACCCUGAUAUGGGUGUUGGAGAAGUUGCCAAGCAACUUGGUGGACUCUGGAGCAACACACCACCUGAAGUUAAAUCCAAGUAUGAAGUUAUGGCAGAGAAUGACAAAGCCAGAUAUGAGAGGGAAAUGAAGGCCUAUAAAGAAGGGAACUUUGGAGCUAAGAAAAUCAAGACAGCAGUACCCAAUGAGGAGGAAGAUGAUGAUGAUGAGAGUGAAAGUGAAGAGGAGGAGGAUGAUGAUGAUGAUGAAUGAGCUUCUCUUCUAUCAUAAGGAUGACCUGAAGUAUUAUAGGAUUUUGUUUGUUUUAGUUGUUUGGUGUUUGACAGGUAGGAGAGUCAGUCCUUUGAGAAUGGAGGUGCAAGUUUCAUAGAGCACGUGUAAGUGACUUAUACCGGUAAUGACAAUCCCAAUUUUCUUUUCCCCCCUGCCGGAAAAUGUCUCAUGAUUUUAAAGGCCAGUGGUUGGUCCUUUUGAGUAUUUUCAUAAAUGCCAAAGAAAAUGGUAUAUACUGUAAAUUUUUUUCUCUUAUAAAGUAUCAAAAGAAAUUCGGUUUGUAAUUGAUAUUUAUUUCUCUUCUGAGUGACUAAUUUAUUUUAUUUGAUAGUUUUAGUAUCUUGGUAUUACAUUCUUAAGUUGAAAACUAAUGAAUGUUCCACAUGCAUACUUGUAUAUACAACAUUUUUGUAUGAUUGGUGGACAUUAGGAGGUCCUUGAGGAGUCUUGAUCAUUACAUGCAAAUGAUCUCUUGGUUUAAAUAGUUCGUCUAUCAUUGUUGUAGAUGUACUUCACCCUCAUAGCUAUUAUUUGUACAUCAUGUCAUAAUAGGCUCCUAAAAUGGUCAGGCUAAUUCAUUUACAACUCAAUAAUGUAUUUAUCAUGAAAUAAAUAUUAAAAUUCAAGAUAUAAAGUUUACGAAAAAAUCCCAGUUUUGAUUAUGAUUAAGAAGAAUAGCUUCUUUGUACAGGUCACAAUUUUCUAAAUACAACAGUACAUUGUAAAUUGUAAAGUGUUUUAUGUGAUACUAUUGGAUGUAAUAUGGGAAGGGCCUAAUAGUUAGAUUUUGGAUGCUGUUCUAAAACGUAGAUAUGUAGAUUACUUUUUUGAGGCCUGAGUGAAGAUGAAUUGAGCUUUACUAUUUAUUGUAAAGUCUUUCUACACCACACCAUUUUGUUGUUGUGACCUUUUGUAUGAAGAGUACAAUAAAAGCCCAGUUUGUAAUUA